CAGCUGUUUCGUACAUUCCGUGGAUGGUGGAUGUGUCCAAAAAAGAGAUGUUUUUGUGAAUAAAUUCAAAAAUUUACGUAUACAUUCAGAAUGUAUGUUUUGUGUACUAUUUUGUGAGGUGAAACGAUCAAAUUAGAUGCAGCGAGCAAAUAGAUCGUUCAGCACAAGAGUGUUAACAGUCUAGCAAACGGCAGGCUCGUACAACAAACUGAUUCAAUUAAAAUGGAAGGUGACCCUAAUUUGAAAUCAGAACACGCCGAAAUUCGCUCUUUUGUACUGUUCAAAAACCAAACCCAAAGAACAGUGGACGUUUACUGGGUGAACUAUUCGUCCAAGUUUGUCCACUAUUCCGCGCUGGAACCGGCGGCACAGGUUCCGGUGAACACGUACGUAACCCAUCCGUGGGUCUUUAUCGAUAGGUUUACUGGCGAGAGGAUGCUGGUGAAGUCGAAGCCUGUUUACAUGCCGGAACCGUGGUACACCAACAUCAACACCGACGGAAAGUUGGCCCGAAUCGAAGUUCGAAUACAUUUUCCCCUGAGAAGUUUGAAGGAUGUCUGUGCCUGGAAGAUAUUCAGCACGCUACGGGACAAGCAGAGCUUCAUCGAUCUCGAACUUCCGAGGGUACUCGUCGAUGAUCUGAGAGCGUGCUAUAAUCUCUUUUUAAUGAAUAACAAAUUGGUCAAGUAGAACCGAUGGUGAUAUGAUGUACUUUGUAAGGCUUUUAACAUAUUUAACAGAAAUAUAUAAUCGGUAAACGCA